AUGUAUCUGCGGCCCCGCAGUGUACCUGUGGGUGACCGCAGUCACUACGGCCCCGUAGUGUACCUGCGGUGGUCCCGUAGUUGUCUACGGCCCCCUCCCCGUAUGGGGUUUCCUCCAAGCCUGCGCAUUGCGUACAUUAAGAAUUAUUCUGAGAACAGAGUUGAAUAUUCUAAAAUUUCUCCCAAAGUCACUCCAGCUUCUUCGCUUGUAACAUUAGACUUGUAUGGUUUUAAAAAUAUGCAAAGGUUGUCAGAUGGAAUGGAAAUGCUAACAAAGUUAGAAGACUUAAGAUUAUGGAACUGCCAUCAAUUAAAGGAACUUCCUUCCAAAUUGGGAGAUCUCGGGAAUCUAAAACAGAUGAGACUAAAUGGAUGCACUGAAUUGAAAGAGUUGCCUUCAAACUUUGACCAACUUAGCAAUUUGACAUCUUUGAUAAUAUAUUAUUGUCCUAUAUUAAGUGCAUUUCCUUCAAACUUUGGCCAACUCAAAAAGUUAGAAGAGUUACAAUUGUACAACUAUUCUGGGUUACAAGCGUUGCCAUUAGACUUUGGCUACCUCAAAAAUUUAGAAGAGUUACAAUUGUACAACUAUUUUGAGUUAAAAGCAUUGCCUUCAGACUUUGGCCACCUCAAAAAUUUAGAAGAGUUACAAUUGUACAACUAUUCUAGGUUAAAAGUGUUGCCUUCAGACUUUGGCCACCUCAAAAAUUUAGAAGAGUUACAAUUGUACAAUUGUUUUGGGUUAAAAGAGUUGCCUUCAGACUUUGGCUGCCUCAAAAAUUUAAGAGUGUUAAAAUUGAGCGGUUGUUCUGGAUUAGCAGAGUUGCCUUCAAACUUUGGUCAGCUCAAAAAUUUGAAAAAGCUAGAUUUGGAGGAUUGUUCCAGGUUAGAAAAAUGGCCAUUAGGCUUUGGUGAUCUAACAGAGCUAAAGGAGAUUUUCUUGACAGGUUGUUCCUCAACUUUAAAAGAUCUAUUACCCAAUAAUUUCAAAGGAAAUGAUUCUACAGUAAUUGGAUUAUGA